AUGGCGCUGCCCGCGCUGCUGCUGCUGCUGCUGCUGCUGGCGCGGGUGGCGGGGGAGGGAUCGCCGCCGCCUCCCGCCCCGCCGCUGCCGCCUCCCGCCGCGCUGCCGGCGCCCGAGGCGCCGCCGCUGCCCGCCGAGCCCCCGGACGCGCUGUUCGCGGCCGGCUCCGAGGCGUACGCGCGCGGCGACUGGGCCUCCGUGAUCCUGCACAUGGAGCGGGCGCUGCGGGCCCGCGGCGCCGUGCGCGCCCGCCUGGUGCGCUGCCGCCUGCGCUGCGCCAACGCCACGGCCUGGCCCGAGGAGCCGCCGGGGCCGGGACCGGGGCCGGGGCCCGAGCCGGUGCUCCGCGACCUGCUCUUCUUCCGGCAGCUGCUGCGCCGCGCCGCCUGCCUGCGCGGCUGCGGGCCCGCCGCGCCCUCCCGCUACCGCCUCGGCGACGAGCUCGACCUCGAGUUCCGCAAGCGCAGCCCCUACAACUACCUCCAGGUCGCCUACUUCAAGAUCAACAAGCUCGCCAAGGCCGUGGCGGCCGCUCACACCUUCUUCGUGGCCAACCCCGAGCACGCGGAGAUGAGGCAGAACCUGGAGUAUUAUCAGAUGAUGGCGGGCGUCAAGGAGGCCGACUUCACCGACCUGGAGGCCCGGCCCCACCUGACCGAAUUUCGCCUGGGCGUCAAGUUUUACACAGAAGAGCAGCCUGCUGCCGCCAUCCUGCAUCUGGAGAAGGCGCUGGAGGAGUAUUUCGUGGCGGACACCGAGUGCCGCGCGCUCUGCGAGGGGCCGUACGACUACGAAGGCUACAACUACCUGGAAUACAACGCGGACCUCUUCCAGGCCAUGACAGAUCACUACAUGCAGGUGCUCGGCUGCAAGCAGGGCUGCGUCACGGAGCUGGCCUCGGAGCCCGGCCGGGAGAAACCGCUGGAGGAUUUCCUGCCCUCGCACUUCAACUACCUGCAGUUUGCCUAUUACAACAAUGGGAAUUACGAGAAAGCCGUCGAAUGCGCCAAAACCUACUUGCUCUUCUUCCCGAACGACGAAGUGAUGAACCAGAACUUGGCCUACUACACCGCUGUCCUCGGGGAAAAGCUGGCUGGGCCCAUCGAGCCCCGAGAGGAGAUCCAGGCAUACCGCCAGCGAAGCCUGAUGGAGAAGGAGCUGCUGUUCUUCAGCUACGACGUUUUUGGGAUCCCCUUCGUGGACCCGGACACGUGGACGCCGGAGGAGGUGAUACCGAAGAGGCUGCGCGAGAAACAAAAGGCGGAGCGGGAGACGGCGGCGCGCAUCUCCGAGGAGAUCGGCAACCUCAUGAAGGAGAUCGAGACGCUGGUGGAGGAGAAGGCCAAGGAGUCCGCCGACAUGAGCAAGUUCAUCCGAGAAGGUGGCCCGUUGGUGUACGAGGGCGCCAGCGUCACCAUGAACUCCAAGGCCCUCAACGGCUCGCAGCGCGUCGUGGUGGACGGGGUCCUCUCCGCCGAGGAGUGCCGCGAGCUGCAGAGACUCACCAACGCAGCUGCCUCGGCCGGGGACGGCUACCGCGGGAAGACGUCUCCUCACACCCCCAGCGAGACCUUCUACGGCGUGACCGUCCUCAAGGCCCUCAAGCUGGGCCAGGAGGGCAAGGUGCCCCUGCGGAGCGCCCACCUCUACUACAACGUGACGGAGAAGGUGCGGCACAUGAUGGAGUCCUACUUCCGCCUGGAGGUCCCGCUCCACUUCUCCUACUCGCACCUGGUGUGUCGCACAGCCAUCGACGAGAAGCAAGAAGGCCGGACUGACAACAGCCACGAGGUGCAUGUGGACAACUGCAUCCUCAACGCGGAGGCCAUGCUGUGCGUGAAGGAGCCACCAGCCUACACCUUCCGGGAUUACAGUGCCAUCCUCUACCUCAACGGGGACUUCGAAGGGGGAGCCUUCUACUUCACGGAGCUGGAUGCCAAAACUGAGACUGCAGAGGUGCAGCCGCAAUGCGGCCGGGCCGUGGGCUUCUCCUCCGGCUCGGAGAACCCCCACGGGGUGAAGGCCGUGACCAAAGGCCAACGCUGCGCCAUCGCCCUGUGGUUCACGCUGGACCCUCGCCACAGCGAGCGGGAGCGCCCGCAGGCCGACGACCUGGUGAAGAUGCUCUUCGAGACGGAAGAGACGGAUCUCCCUCCGGAGAAGGAGCCGCCGGCCGUUCCCAGCGCCGAGGGGAAGGACGAGCUGUGACGUCCAUCCGGGCAGCUCCCCUGUCCCCCGCCGGGGAGAGCAGCCCGGCUCCGGCGUUUCCGGACUCGACCCUGUCCCGAUGGGGUGGUGGAGCGGGAACCCGUGCCCGCUCCGGCGUCCCGGGGGCGUCUGGCCUCCCUUUGCCCGCUGCCGCUGACCUCGGAGGCUCGCGGAGACGAGCAGCCAGACUUUGGGGGGAAGCGGCGGCAGGAGGGGAUGCUCCUUUUUUUUUUUUUUAGGGCUGAAGCACCAGCAUGGAGCUGGUACAAGGUGCCAGGAGGCUCCUUUCCCCUCCGCUCCAGCUCCCUCCCCGUCGCAGCUAUUUAAGUGCCUUCUGCAGACAAUCUGCAAAUAAAGGGGGGGUUGUUUUUUUUUCCCCUCCCCCCCAAACGGCCACGUUCGCUCCUGGCGCCCGUUUUGCCCAGGAGGCCAGAAGGUCCAGGCGAGGGUCCCUCGGGCCGGCUCGCCCCCGCCCCGUCCCCCGUUUCGGCCACCCCACGCAGGACGCCGCGCCGACAAGAAGGGCAUUGAGCAAAUCGUUCCCGGCUGGAGUCGGGGCUGCCCCGUCCCAUUACCAUAACUAUCCGGAGAAUGCGAGUCCUGCAUAAAAACGCCCAAAUCCCGGGCGCUGUAAUAAUAUUCGGAGCGGCCGGGGACCCGGGCAGGCGGCGACGCGGGAAGGCGCCUCGGAUGAAACCUUCUCCAGAUGAUCGUGAAGGCCGCCGGCGCGGGCGCUGCCGCCCGUUCCCCGCGGCCCCGUUUCGGCUCCGGCGGCUGGCGGGGAAAGCCGGACGUCGCGAAUCCCGAACGGGAGCCCUUCGGGGGUCGGUUCUCCCAGCGCUGCCGUCUCUCGGCCCGCCGGGGCGGGGAGCGUGAGCAGACUGCUAAUGAGACCCGCGAGUUAAACAUUGCCAGGCCGGACCGAGAGGACCUUCAAAAAGACCCUUUCCCACCCCCCCUAAAAUAAAUAAAUAAUAAAUAAAUAAAAAGAA